AUGGAACCAGCUGAUAUUUUCAGGAUAUGUUGGAGCUGUAAUGGAGAGGCUAUGGCUUUAUUAACGUUAUUAGCUCUUACAUCAAAAGAUGCUUGGUUGCAAAUAAUGUACAAGGGUGUUGAUGCAGUUGAAAUUGACAUGGAACCAAUAAAACAUUAUAGUGAAACAAAAUUAAUUUAUUUUAUAUCAUUUCUUUUUGUUGUUAGUUUUUACAUUAUUAAUAUGUUCGUUGUUGAGAAUCUUCUGUUGUUUCUUCUAUUCUUUAUCUUUGCUAUACUGGGUGUUGAAUUAUUUGGAAAAUUAGAAUGUAGUCAAGAACAAUCAUGUAGUGGGCUGAGUAACCAUGCGAAUUUUAAAGAUUUUGGUAUAGCUCCACUUACAUUAUUUCGCGUAGCAACAGGUAGUAAUUGGAAUGAUAUUAUGAAAGACACUUUACGUCAAGAUGAUUCAUCUGUUACUGAAGAAAAUAAGUUGACGACAAUGAUUUCACCUAUAUAUUUUAUUACCUUUGUCCUCAUAACUCAACUCAUACUUGUUGAUAUUAUUAUCGCUGUACUCUUGAAAAAUCUUGAAAUGAUUAAUGAUUAUGAUGUUGAUGCUGAAAUGGGUGAAGAAAUCGAAUUACAGCGUCAGGUUGAUCUGCAUGAUCGAAAUAAUUUUGAACAAUAA